GAUUUUUUGAAAUGAAACGUUUUAAUUGGUCAUUUCCCUUUGUCACCCGAUAUGGCAACCCAACUCAGAAACCAAAUAUGGAAAAAGGAAAAACCCUAAAGACAUCUAUCAUCUUCUCCAUUUCCUCCCUCAGGUUCUUGUUUGAAACAACGGUAGAUUGAUCUCCAAUCUCCACCGCACUCCAUUCUUUGCAAGCCUCACCAUUCUUCACGUUAGUAUUUUCAUCGUAAACAUAACAAUAAUGGUGGUCUCUGAUGUUGUGAUUCAAAUUCUAUCCAAGCUUCCACCACAAUCUCUUCUCCGAUUCAAGUCUGUUUGCAAAUCCUGGUAUCAUCUUAUCAACCAUCCUAAAUUUGUAAGAAAACAUCUCUUAGAUUCUUUUCCCCAUAAACAUGUCCUCAUCAAACGUGCCCUCACCAACCACUCUGGCAAACAAGAACUUGUGUUCUCCAUCCUCAAAUUCUCUCUCAAUGGAUCUGUGUCUAUUAUGGACAUCAAUUUGACAUUCCAAGAGAUCGAUCCACUUUUAGAACUUUGUGGCCAUUCUCACGGCUUAGUUUGUCUUUCCGAUUGUGACGAAGUGUUUCUUGUUAAUCCUAUGACCAGACAGUUUCAUAAACUUCCGCCAUCGAUUCUUAUCUUUCGUGGUUGCCAUCAUGACGAUCCUGAUCAUUACUCUGCAAUACCAUUUACUAUCGGAUUCGGGUAUGAUGCAAAAUCUAGCGAUUUCAAAGUUGUUAGAAUUGUGAGUUGUCGAGGACAAUCAGAAGCCAGGAUGAGAGUGGAAAUUUAUGAUUUGAGCAGAGAUAAAUGGAGAGAAAUUGGAGCUCCUGAGAUUUGUGGCAGUGCUGCAUGCACAUGUACAUUUGAUAUGUAUCACGAAGGAAUAUUUUAUUGGUGGGGAUACGGUGAACCAAGGAUUUCGGAAAGGGACCAUAUUAUAACAUUUGACAUGAGUGAAGAGAUUUUUGGUAAAGUUUCAUUACCGGAGAGCUAUGAUGACAAAAAGCAUAAAAUAGUAUUAAGGGUUUUGAAUAAAUCCAUAGUUCUUUUUGUUUAUCCAUAUAAAAGUAAUGAGACAAAUAUUGGAAUCUUUGAGACAAUUGUUGGAACCGAUGAGACAAAUAUUGACAUUUGGGAGAUGGAGAAGGAUGAAUUUGGCGUUGUUUCGUGGUCGAAGCUAUUGACGAUUGACCCUCCUUUUGGAGUUGAGCAUCCAUUGUUGUUUGUAAGCUGUGAAGAAAUGUUAAUGGAGUCCAGUGAAGGACAUGUGAUUAUGUAUAAUAAUAAAACUCAGCAGUUCAAAAAGCUUCCAAUAGAAGGAGAUGUAACUUAUGUAAAACCUCACAGAUUUGAAGCUCACGAUCUUUUCAUUAAGAGUUUGGUAUCAGUGGAAGGAGGAAAAGAUAUAAUCAAUUAUGAUUUUUAGUAUUUUCGAGUUUUACUAUUGUAAGUCAUAUUGUUUGAUGUAUGUUGUUUGAUUGAUAUGGGUUUUAGUAUUUUCCAAACUAUUUUAAUUAAUGUUUAGAUGGAGUAAAUGACGUUUGUUGCUUAGCUUUCACACAAUAAACUUGUAUUGCUUUUGGGGUGGAAUGUUUGUUUUUAAGAAAUUCAAAACUUAUUUAUAAAA